AUGCCACAACAACCCCCACCCCAAGAGUUCGCCCGCGUCAUCCUAAUCAUCGUCCUUCUCUUCUUCCUCUACACCUCGGACGAUCAAUCCGCGCGCGGCCCGGGCUUCCCUACCGCGCGCGACUACGCUGCAGAGCGGAUAACGCGCUCGCGGACGUCCCUCGAUGUGCUUAAUUCUACGCAGUGGGGGACUUUCACUCCUAAAGUAGAGGAGGGGAGUUACUUGAACUUGACGGGCUUCAGGCAGGAGGAUGGAUAUGCGUGGGAGAGGCUGAACGCGUGGAGGAAGAGGAGCGAGAGUUUUACUCAAGAGGCGAGAGGACGCUGGAGGGCGGGCAAGGAGGGCGGGUUGGAGGGGGAGGUGUUUGAGAAUGUUACGGGUAUUGUGACGGGGAGGUGGGUGCGGUAUAAGGGGGAUUUGGAAGGAGAGGGAAAGGAACAGGAAAAGCACAGGUCUUUGAACCUUACGGAAAUAACACCGAUUGUUGAUUGGGCGUAUAGGGAUCAGGAGGCGUGGACGAGGAAUAUUACUGGGGAGGAGGGCAAGUUGAUGUUGAGGGUUGAUGAGAAGAAUGUGUUGGAGGUUGAUAUGGGGAAGGAGAAGGCGAAAGAGGAUCAGAAGCCUCUAGAUUUAGUAAGGGAGGUUGCGGCUACGAUCACGAUUCAGGAUGAGAGUAGUAGUGGUGAUGGGUGGGAUAUGAGGGUUCAUGGUGUUCAUUGGCCUAGACAGGGUAUCAUGCUCAUGACGACGACGAGCGAGAAGUUUGCUGGUAUCUUUGGGCUGCCACACCUGACUCCGAAUAUCGACUACUAUGCUUCGAGCCAGAAAUUGCUUAAUACCAGCCUGGAGGGGACGAUUGAAAGGUUGGAGAAUGCUGUUUGGAUAGAUCCAAGUAACCCCUGGACUUCGAGUCCCGAUAGUCAGGGCGAUGCUACAAUGCCAGUUCCGCACUGCGAAUUCUUGGUCUAUGUUCAAGUGCAUCCUCUGAAGGUUGACUUGGCUGCUAGUCACGGGUACCUGAAGCAAGAUCACAUUGUUCAGGAGAUUGAGAAGGAGCUCCGAUUUCCUAAUGGAGCUCCAAUACCUCCAGUUCCGAGAAUGCAAAUGUCUACGGUUAUGUUUUCGCCCGAUUGUGGAUUCAUGCUUGAAUCCAAGGGUCCGCCGAAUUUUGCACCGACCGAUGGCGAGCAUCUUGUCGGCGUGAAGCAAGAGCUAUGGCUGAGUAGUAUCCAGAGUUGGCUGGAAAUACUCGCUGUUGUGCUUUUUGCGCAGAUCUUGCUUUUGAAGGCCCAGUCUAAAGAAGCGUCCACACCUUCAACUGUUGGGCGAGUCAGUCAGUACACCAUUGCUAUGAUGCUGAUGGCUGAUGCCCUGCUGUUCGCGAGCUUGUCUCUCCUGAGCUCAACUGCCCCGAAUCUCUUCCCAUCUGCACUACUGGCUUCCUUUGCUUCGUUUGUUUCUGUGGCUUUGGGUGUUCGCUUUUCCGGGGCAAUAUAUAAUACUCAGGAGCCGGAGCGAAGGGAGCGGCUAAGAGUACAGCAAAUUGCUGAAGCUGCAAAUACACCAGCUCGACCAACUCCGACCCCCUUCCGACCAACAAUCAUCACUGCGGCUGGAGCAGAUACAACAGCUCCUGUCACUGCUCCCACGGCUGCUAUUGACGUUCCAGUCAUUGUUCCAUCAGAUCAAGACAUUGAUGCUGAAAUAGCAGAAAAUGCCACUGCUGCGGCAACGACGUUACCUACAACUAAUAGACCUCCCGCCACACAGACUCCACCAACUACCGCCAGUUUCGGUGCGGUGUAUGUGAGGUUUGUUCUACUACUUCUAUUCAUAUUUUUCAUCUCGGUCACUGCCAUGUCCUGGUCAGUUCCCUUCCGAACGGCCUACACGAAUCUCCUCUCCAUCAUCUACCUAUCCUUCUGGGUCCCUCAAAUCCGACGAAACGUCAUCAGAAACUGCCGCAAAGCUCUCCUGUGGAAAUUCAUCAUCGGGCAAUCUGUCUUUCGACUACUACCAUUCGCAUAUUUUUACCUGAAAGAAGACAACAUCCUCUUCGCGGAGACGGACUGGAAAGCAUUUUGUGUGCUCGCUGGCUGGGUCUGGCUUCAGGUCUGGGCCCUUGUUGCACAGGAAGUGCUCGGUCCCAGAUGGGGUCUCCCGAAGGGGUGGACGGAAGAAGGAUGGGAUUACCACCCCAUCCUACGAGAAGAUAAUAUCGAAGCAGGUGGCUUACCCAUUGGACUUGUGCAGAUUCCUGCUUCGCCUACGCUAGAAAGAGCCAGAACGAGCGAAGAUCUCGGUAGCAGGAAGAAGAAAGACGGAACGUUCAGGAGUGUGGAUUGUGCGAUUUGCAUGCAGGUUCUCGAAGUACCUAUUGUUGCAGCUGGUGAAGAUGCCAUUAGUGCUGGCGCUGCGGGAGGCGUGACGGGCAUGUUGGCCAGGAGGCAGUAUAUGGUUACGCCUUGUAGACAUGUGUUUCAUAGCGCUUGUUUGGAGGGCUGGAUGAGGUUUCGGUUGCAGUGCCCGAUAUGUAGGGAGAACCUGCCGCCGUUGUAA